AAAUGUCUUUUUAACUAAUAAGAUAUGAAAAUUAUUGUUCGACAUUAAAACCUCCAUUAGUGGGGUUUUUAUGAUGUCACUCAAUUUGACUAAUUUGAGCACCGAAUCUAAACGGUUGAUUUUAACCUGAUGGCGGAUGACUUAACUCUGCGUAAUUCGGCAUAAUAGGUGGGAGACUAAAAAGAGGUAUCAUUUCCUCUCCAUCUGUGUCUCCGGCGACUUCGUCGGAAUCUCUUCUCCGGCGUUACUUAGUUUGCUGUCGAUACAAUAGAGAGAGUGAUUUAUUGAGGUGAUUGUCCAUCAUGGAUUGUAACUGCUUUGAUCCACAAUGGCCUGCUGAUGAGUUGUUAAUGAAGUAUCAGUACAUUUCCGAUUUUUUCAUUGCAGUUGCUUAUUUCUCUAUCCCAAUCGAGUUGGUAUACUUUGUCCAGAAAUCGGCAGUUUUUCCGUAUAGAUGGGUGCUGGUGCAGUUUGGUGCUUUCAUAGUUCUUUGUGGAGCAACACAUCUUAUCAACUUAUGGACAUCUACCGCCCAUACAAGGACUUUGGCAAUAGUGAUGACUACCGCAAAGGUCUUCACUGCUGUGGUAUCAUGUGCAACUGCUCUCAUGCUUGUGCACAUCAUUCCGGAUCUAUUAAGUGUCAAAACUAGGGAGCUAUUCUUAAAAAACAAAGCAGCAGAGCUUGAUCGUGAAAUGGGUCUUAUUCGGACACAGGAGGAGACGGGUAGAUAUGUUAGAAUGCUAACACAUGAAAUCAGAAGUACUUUGGAUAGACAUACUAUUUUGAAGACUACACUUGUUGAGCUUGGAAGAGCACUGGCACUGGAAGAGUGUGCAUUGUGGAUGCCAACUCGUACUGGACUGGAGCUUCAACUUUCUUACACUCUUCGUCAUCAAAAUCCAGUUGGAUUUACAGUACCUAUACAACUUCCUGUAAUUAAUCAAGUUUUCAGUACAAAUCGUGCUGUUAAAAUAUCACCAAAUUCUCCCGUCGCAAGGCUUCGACCUGCUGGGAAGUACAUGCCAGAUAGUGCAAGACAAUGGCAUGUCCAUGAAUUGGAGCUUGUUGAAGUGGUAGCCGAUCAGGUAGCUGUUGCUCUCUCACAUGCUGCCAUCUUGGAGGAAUCAAUGAGGGCUCGGGAUCUUCUUAUGGAGCAGAAUGUAGCUCUUGAUCUGGCUAGAAGAGAAGCAGAAAUGGCUGUUCGUGCGCGUAAUGAUUUCCUGGCUGUUAUGAAUCAUGAAAUGAGAACUCCUAUGCAUGCAAUAAUUGCACUUUCAUCUUUGCUACAAGAAACGGAGCUGACACCGGAGCAGCGUCUGAUGGUGGAAACAAUCCUUAAGAGCAGCAACCUUUUAGCAACGCUCAUCAAUGAUGUCUUGGAUCUUUCAAGGCUCGAGGAUGGAAGCCUUCAACUUGACAUUGGGACUUUCAAUCUUCAUGCUCUCUUCAGAGAGGUCUUUAACUUAAUCAAGCCUAUUGCAUCUGUGAAAAAGAUGUUUGUCACGCUUAGCUUGUCUUCCGAUCUGCCGGAAUUUGCUAUUGGAGAUGAAAAACGGCUGAUGCAAAUUCUUUUAAAUGUUGCUGGCAAUGCUGUAAAAUUUUCAAAAGAAGGCAGUGUGUCAAUUUCUGCUGUUGCUGCAAAAUCAGAAUCUUUAAGAGAUCCUAGAGCUCCCGAAUUUUUCCUUGUGCAAAGUGAGGAUCACUUCUAUUUACGUGUACAGGUAAAAGAUACAGGAUCAGGGAUUAAUCCGCAGGAUAUCCCCAAGCUAUUUUGUAAGUUUGCGGAAAACCAGGCACUAGGAUCUAAAAGUUCCGGUGGCACCGGGCUUGGCCUUGCGAUUUCUAAGAGGUUUGUUAAUCUUAUGGAAGGUCAUAUUUGGAUCGAAAGUGAAGGUCUUGGCAAGGGGUCUACUGCUAUCUUUAUUGUUAAACUUGGGAUUCCUGGACGCUCAAAUGAGCCUAAGCUUCCCUUUAUGCCCAGAUUGCCUGCAAAUCACAUGCAGAUGACUUUUCAAGGACUAAAGUUUAGCAGGAUGGUGACCAAGGGUCUGCUAGUACACCUAGGGUGCGAUGUAACCACGGCUUGCUCCGGUGAUGAGUGCUUGAGAGUUCUUACUCAGGAACACAAAGUAUUAUUCAUGGACGUGAGUAUACCAGGUAUAAACUGUUAUGAAGUUGCUGUGAAGAUACAUGAAAAGUUUGGGAAACGUCACAACAGGCCACUUAUUGUGGCACUAACAGGAAACACUGACCGAGUGACAAAAGAAAACUGCAUGAGAGUUGGUAUGGAUGGAGUUAUUCUGAAACCUGUUUCAGUUGACAAAAUGAGAAGUGUUUUAUCCGAGCUUUUAGAGCAUGGAGUUGUUCUUCAAUCCUAGUGAAAGAGGGAUUGCUUGUACGAUCAAAAGUGUUUGUCAAGACUGAGUGUCGCUGUACAUACAUUUUUCAGACUGCGGGCAAAACGAAGAGUUGUUCACAAUGAAAGCGCAAUAUGCUAAUUGCAGGUUCAAAUAUCUUAUAAAAGUGACUGCACGAUGAUUUAAUCCUCAACAGAUUUGUAUAAAGAAACUAGCUUGUUCUACAUCUUUGAAGGAGAAGUCCCGUCUUUCCUGGGAGGUUGGAGCUUGAAAACAAGUUCAUUUGUCUUCUUUUCGGGUAGAACUAAUCGAAAACAUUUGUAUAAAAUGUAUAUGAUGUGCAGGACAUUGGCCUGAAAAUUGGUGCAAAAACUUCUCCUAAUCGUCCCUCUCUCUCCCCUCUUUUUCACAAUUCUUAGUGAUUAA